AUGAAGUUCUUAGUGACGAUCGCUCUUUUCGCUUCCAUCGCCUGUGUCUACGCGGCGAUUUUACCUGCCGUCAUUAACGACGACGACAAGAUCGUUAAGCUCGAGGACGUUGAUACUGACGCGGGAAUAUCCGCUGAUCCAGAAUCCUCGCCUAUUCGACAUCGGCGCGUUACUUGCGACGUUUUAUCCUUCGGGACGAAAUGGGGAUCUCCCAGCAAGAUCGCGUGUCCCGUGAGGUGCUUGGCUCAAGGGAAGAAGUUCGGAUCCUGCAAAAACGGUGUUUGCGUCUGUCGCCAAUAAUCCGAUGCGCCAAUUUUCGCAUCCCAUGAUCUUAUUGCAGUCAUGUGAUUUUGUUC